AUGCGAGCCCUGCUGCUGCUCUCCGCGCUGGCCUGGCUCUCCGGGUGCCGCCCUGCUACUGGAUUAGGACUAAAUGUGACAGAGCAGGAGGAGAAUGUGCCUGUGGCAUGGGACCACAGUGUCGAUGGGAGCACCAUGCCCUCAGGAAUUGACUAUGAAGAUACUGAAGACGACGAGGAGGAGGACGACCCAGCAGUGCCUAUGUACAUUGUAGAUGAUUCGAUUAGAGUUGAACCUGUGAUUAAACCCAAGCAAACAAAAACAGAUAGGGAAAAGAAUCCUGACAAAACGAAAAGAAAGAAAAACAAAGGGAAGAAAAAUAAGAAGAAGAAAGCGACACCAUGUGAAGGAGAGUACAAAAAUUUUUGCAUUCAUGGUGAAUGCAAAUACCUAGAAGACCUCAAAGAAGUAACAUGCAAAUGCCAUCAGGAUUAUUUUGGUGAACGCUGUGGUGAACAGUUCAUGAAGACUCAUAAGAGAAAUGACAUAGGCAACUAUUCCACAACGAUAUUGGUGGUGGUAGCUGUUCUGCUGUCCAGCAUCAGCUUCAUUGCGAUUGUCAUCAUUGUUAUAGUGCAGGUCAGGAAAACAUAUCCUCAAUAUGAAGAAAAGGAGGAAAGGAAAAAGCUCAGACAAGAGAACGGAAAUGGCCAUGUUGGCGUGUAA